CCAGGAGCCCUCCUUGGAUGGUCAGCCACUCGCUGGAGGCAAGCUGACGGCUGUACAUCUGCAUUCCGGUAAAAAGGAGGAGAGAGAGCAGCGAGGAAAGAACCAGGGAGGUUCCCGUGCCCACAGCUGAGGAGACAGGCUCGCCUCUCGGCUGCAAUAGACGGAGGCGUUUGCAGGAGCGGGGGUGCAGAGGCCGGGCGCGCCCUCCUCCCUGCCUGGCCGGCAGCCGCGUCCCCGGGGUCGUCAUGGCCGAAGGCGAAGACCUGCACUCGUUCACCUCGAUCAUGGAUGCCCUCGUCCGGAUCAGUCGCUUUGUGUGCGAUACCCUUUGCUCGCCAGGGGACCAGGCAGAGAUGGCAUCCAGGCGGACGGCGGUGGGCAAGACCAGCAUGAAGAACCUGGAGCGGGAACUGCUCUGCCCGGUGUGCAAGGAGAUGUACAAGCAGCCUCUGGUGCUGCCCUGCGUGCAUAAUGUCUGCCACGUCUGUGCCACCGAGGUCCUUUUGCAGCAGGGUUACGUCUGCCCGGAUCCCAACUCCGAGCCCACCUCGCCAGCUUCAACUCCGUCCACACGGAGCCCUCGCCUAGGACGCCGGGUUGUGCCCAAACCAGACCGCCUGGACCGACUGCUCAAAUCAGGGUUCGGCACCUACCCAGGGCGGAAGCGAGGCGGCAUCCUGCACCCCCAGAGCGUGCUUUUCCCAUGCCCGACGUGCCAGCGGGACGUGGACCUGGGUGAGCGGGGCUUGGCCAGCCUCUUCCGGAACCUGACCCUGGAGCGCGUGGUGGAGCGUUACCGCCACACCAUCAACGUCAGCGCGGCCAUCAUGUGCCAGUUCUGCAAGCCGCCCCAGCUGGAGGCUACCAAGGGCUGCACCGAGUGCAAAUCUAGCUUCUGCAAUGAGUGCUUCAAGCUCUACCACCCCUGGGGCACCCAGAAGGCGCAGCACGAGCCCACACCCCCCACUCUCACUUUCCGGCCCAAGGGCCUGAUGUGCCCAGAGCACAAGGAGGAGGUGACGCAUUACUGCAAGACCUGCCAACGGCUGGUGUGCCAGUUGUGCCGGGUGCGGCGCUCGCACUCCGGCCACAAGAUCACGCCCGUGCUCAGCGCCUACCAGGCCCUCAAGGACAAGCUAAUGAAAAGCUUGGCUUACAUCCUGAGCAAUCAGGACACAGUCCAGGCCCAAAUCAGCGAGGUGGAGGAGACACUUCGACUCACCGAGGCCAACGGGGCGCAGGCUAAGGAGGAGGUGGCCCGUCUCAUGCGGGGCCUGAGCACCCUGCUGGAGGAGAAGCAGGCCUCCCUGCUCAGCGCCAUCGAGGACUGCCGGCAGGAGCGUGUCGUCAACUUGAAGGCGCAGCUGCACGAACACCAGGCCAUGGUGGAGAACUCGGGCAUGGUGGGCUACACGCAGGAAGUGCUCAAAGAGACGGACCAGCCGUGCUUCGUCCAGGCUGCCAAGCAGUUGCAUCACAGGAUCAUCCGGGCAACUGAUUCGCUCCAGACCUUCCGGCCGGCAGCCAACGCUUCCUUCAGCCACUUCCAGGUGGACGUGAGCCGGGAGCUGAAACUGCUCACAGACCUCACCUUCAUCAAAGCGCCGGAGGCCCCGGUGAUUGACACGCAGCGCACCUACGCCUACGACCAGAUCUUCCUGUGCUGGCGUCUGCCGCAGCAUUCGCCCCCCGCCUGGCAUUACACGGUGGAGUUCCGGCGGGCCGAGCCCAAGGGGAAAGCGCUCAAGCUGUGGCAGCGGCGGGAAGAGGUGCGCGGGACCAGCGCCGUCGUGGAGUACCUGGACACGGACUGCGUCUACGUCCUCCGCGUCCGUGGCUGCAACAAGGCCGGAUUUGGCGAGUACAGCGAGGACAUUUACCUGCAUACGCCGCCCGCGCCAGUGCUGAAUUUCUUCCUGGACAACCGGUGGGGUUUCAACCGGGAGCGCCUGGCGAUCAGCAAAGACCAGCGGGCGGUCCGCAGCGUGCCGGGGCUGCCCAUGCUCUUUGCCGCCGAGCGCCUGAUGACCAGUUGCCACCUGUCGAUCGACCUGGUGAUCGGGGACGUGGCCGUCACCCAGGGGCGCAGCUACUGGGCCUGCUGCGUGGACCCCAGCUCCUACCUGGUCAAGGUGGGCGUGGGCCUGGAGAGCAAGCUGCAGGAGUGGUUCCAGGUGCCCCAGGAUGUGGUGAGCCCCAGAUACGACCCCGACAGCGGCCACGACAGCGGUGCGGAGGACACCACUUUGGACACCUCGCCGCCCUUCGCCUUCCUGACCAUCGGCAUGGGCAAGAUCCUGCUGUCCCACGGGGUGGCGCUGACCUCCCGGGACCCGGGCAACUGUACUGUCUCCUUGCCCCCCCGCUUGGGAAUCUGCCUGGACUACGAGCGCGGCAAGGUCGCCUUUUUCGAUGCCGUCUCCUUCCGGAGCCUCUGGGAGUGCGGCAUCGACUGCUCGGGGCCCGUCUGCCCGGCCUUUUGCUUCAUCGGCGGCGGCGCCCUGCAGCUCCAGGAACUGGUGGCCAACCGCCAGGAGCGGAAAGUCACCAUCGGGGGCUUCUCCAAACUGGACUGAGUCGGGCCCUACCCAGACCUGGCGCCUGCGCCCGACCGAGGCAGAAGAGGCCCCCCCAGGGCCCGAAGGGUUAUCAAAGCCGUGGCGGAGACGGUUCUCCCACCACGCCGCUUCGGGCACGUCGCGGCGGAAUUGGGGGGCGGGGCGAGUGGCGGAGGAGGCUGCUCUGCCUCCCGGCGCCCACUGAUGGACUUACCAGCAGCUAGAUACUUUUGCCUUUGGACAGGCAAAUGGGAUUCCCCAAGGCCUGAGUUCCUUAGAAAGUUUGCUGUCAAGGUGGGGGUGGGUGGGUUGAGAGCAGUGCUGCCCCACGGACACCCCCAUGGGGGUGGGUGGGGGCUGUUUCUGUUCACGGGGCCCUUCCUUCCCUGGCCCGUCGCCUCUUUCCCAUCCUUCCCCCUCUGUGUGCCUUGGUGGUGGUGGUGAGGGGUGUCUUUCCCCCCCAGCAAGGGUGUGCUCCAGAGGCAUGGGGCGAGGUCUAGGGCUUCUGGUUCCUCCUCUGCCUAUUUCCUGUCCUUGAUCUGCUGGGGAGGGAGGGAGGGAGGGGCCAUUUCUUUGGUGCAUGGGCCAGUGGGGAUGUUUUUUAACGGUAAGCGCCUCCUUUCCCCCGUUUUUCCGCUCAACCAUUCCCUCCCUGCUCUUCCUUUUCCUUCUACCCACCCCCGGUGGAUUUUUGAACCCAGUUUUCCAGAUCUCCCUUCGGACUCCUUGAAGUACACCCCAGCCCCAGUUUCCAUUUCCCUUUUGGGCCCCCGUUUUUCCCCAGAAGUGGCUCGAAACCACAUUAAAACUGACUGGAGCCCAUUUCCAAUCUGGCUUCGCUCCCGGCCGAGGAUUUCCGAGCAUUUCGAGAAGGGCUGGACGGACGGUUCGUGGUCCGUGCCCUUGAAAAACAAUGGUCCGGGGGGAGGAGGGAGGGGGCCACAGCGCCCAGAUGAUUUUCAAGCAGGCCUAAAUGUUUCGGUGUAGCUAUGCCUGCUUGCUGUUGGAUUGUGGGGAUAUCAGCGGUGAAUUCUGUGUAAACCUCUUGUCCUUCGUAAGGAAUGCCUGGUUGUUAGGAACUUGUAGCUUUCCCCCAGGAUGCUCUUCCUCCAUAAAUCCCCUGAAACAAGCCCUCCACACCCCUUUCUGUCCGAGCCAACCCUCACUUCGCUCCCCAGACCUUCCUCUCCUCCGCAUGGUUUUGUCUUAACGUAUUUAUUUUUUUAAGCAGGACGUUCCACGGUCCUUUAUCGUCAACGGGGCUUCCCCUGGAUUAUUCUUUAUUCAUAGUGUGACUUUCAGAGCUGCGAGGCAUGGAGACGGCCAACUUUUUCUCUUCCCCCUUCUCGGCACAGUUCCUGUGCUUUUAACAGGCAGCCAUUUCGCAGGUGAGGCUUCCUCUCCCAGUUGCUUUAUUUCGGCCCCAGAGGGUGGGGAUGAAAUGCCCACUCAGCCUCUGCCUGGCAGGCAGCUGUUGAAAGGUACAGGAGCCUUGCUAGCGGAAAAGUUGGCCGCCUCCAGCCACGGUAGCCUCUGAGCUGGUGCUAAAUGGUAGAAUAGGUUCUCUCUGUGCCCCGUGCCCUGGCCACAACAAUGUAGAGGCUGUGAUGCCCCUUUUCUAGCAGUGGAGGAUUUAAGAGAGGCUGGUUUCCUCUGCUGGGGUGGGGUGCCUUGCUGCCCGCCCCGGCACCUCCAAGCUGUGGCCGUGGGUGUGAAGUGGCACCUUUUUGUUUUGCCGUUCUGCAGACUUUGCACUGCCCAAGCUUUGUCCAUUCCAUAUGCACACAGAAUACAUCUGGCACUUCCUACGUUCCCCCUCCCCAUCUCUUCCUUCUCACCCCAAAAAUCGAGGGCUCUUGUGUCCCCCAGGUCCCUGGGGAGGUCUUGUACUGUACAUUGGUGUCUUUUCAGCGUUUUCGGAUGAAUUAAAAAAACAAAACAAAA